AUGUCCAGACAUUGCAAUGAAUUAUCCUUUACAGUUUUGGAAAGUCCAUGGAGAAAAAUAACUUGGGGAGACAAUGGGGAAGCUCUUCAGUAUAUAAAGGAGUUCCAGCCUCUAAAUGAAGAGGUAAAACAUAUAAGAGUUUUGCUCUACGGAUCAGUUGGUGCGGGAAAGUCCAGCUUCAUAACCUCGAUCAACAAUGUCAUCCAAAAGAGAAUGACCCAUCAAGCUUUGGCCAGUGUCAAAACCGCUGAUCAAAGUUUCACCAAGAAGUAUGAAACCUUUACAAUACAGAAAGAAGUCAGAGGAACCUUUUAUCCCUUUGUGUUCAACGAUGUCAUGGGUCUUGAGGAGGGAGUUGCAAGAGGAGUCAGAGCAGAUGACCUCAAACUGGCCUUAAUGGGACAUGUGAAGGAGGGUUAUUCGUUCAAUCCUUCAUCUUGCCUUUCUGCUGAUGAUCUUUACUACAACUCUACCCCAACCAUCAAUGACAGGGUCCAUGUUUUGGUUUGCAUUGAUGAUGCUAAUUCACCACAGAUGAAGCCCUCUGUUUUACAAAAAAUGAAGGAAAUUAGAGAAGCAGCCAGUAAUCUGGGUAUUCCUCAGUUGGCGAUUCUCACUCACAUUGAUGAAGCCUGUGGUGAAACGGAAAGAAAUAUCAGAAACGUCUACAAGAGCAAACAUUUAAAGAAAAAGAUGGGUGACUUAAGUUCCAACCUGGGGAUUCCAAUGAACUGCAUUCUCCCUGUGAAGAACUACAGUAAAGAGAUUGGGGUGAACCGGGAUGUUGACACUCUAAUCCUGAGUGCACUGAGACUAAUGAUUGACUUCGGAGACGACUACACUGCAAAAUUGUAAAGCCAUAGAACAGUGUGUUUAGAUAUACAUAGAAAUCACAGCAG